AUGACGGCUUCAGAAAGUCCCAUGGCGGCCGGUGGGACCUUGUUCCCAGCGGCAAGACUCAAGAUGCUGUGGCUAACUUCUGCGGUCGCAUUGCACUUCAUGGGAAUCAUACAGUCUGCGGUCGGCCAAGUUACGCCCGUGCCCAGCUGCAUUCAUUCCGACCCCAACAACUACACGGACGUUAGUAGCGGCCUACUCAGCAGCUGCAAUGACCAGGCCCGCUGUCUAGAGUUUCUGGCGAUAGAGACGCUAAGACCCCACAUCCUGCACAUUCAUGUACAUCGAUGCCAUCCCGUAUCUACCAGCACGCCGUAUAGGCACACACAUAGCAAGAGGGUUGCACAUGGCAAGGGGGAUCAGUCGCAGGAUAGCAGCAGUUGCAGGAUUACCAACACAAGCACCGGCAGCUGGCUUUACUGCCAGUUUUGCAUCUUCUGGUCCGAUGCGCGAAAUUGCUCCAAGCCCAGUAACGAGACAUUCCAGUACGCCUGCCAAGCAGACGACUCCUGGACCCCGGGUGUCAUUACCAUGUUAGGGGCUGAACCCACCAUCGGAGCCACCAAAACUAUCAACUCCUGGGGCUCCUCCGUGAAGAGUGAGUCCCGGGAAUUCAUUUUGGAGGGGCUCCGCACAUCCAUGUCCGCCACCUUCUCCCCCCACUCCGCCGCCUUUACCUCCCAGUCCGCCGCCUUCACCUCCUACUCCGCCGCCUUCAUCCCCCCUUCGCCGCCUUCACCUCCCCCCCGUCCGCCGCCUUCUCCUCCCACUCCGCCGCCUUCACCUCCCAUUCCGCUGCCUUCGCCUCCCCGGCCUCCGCCUCCACCGCGCCCGGCCAACACCCUCUGCCCUUGCCCCCUGCUACCGGAGCAGACCAUUGGCGGCUCACCCGGGCUGUGCAACAGCACGUACGCCACUAUGGUUGCCACCUUGGCCAACACGACUGAUGACAACACGGUAUUUUAUCAAUGUGUACCCUGGCCGAACUAUGACAUUCUGAUGCGCGAGAUGGCUUGGAGCCACUGCUGGGUACGCGACUGCCUGCCGGAGCCUUUUCGAGGGAAGCCCUACAAUCUGUCGAUCAACCAAGUCACCAAGCACAACAUCGCGCUCAUACCGCCAGCUUCGUACGAGCUCAUCCUCUUCCCAGCACCGUUCGGCAUGCAGAUCUAUGUGACCCUCUACAUGACGAACGGCAGCGUCGCCACAUACAACUCGACCGUAGGCUCGCCAGUCAUUGGCGGUACCCUGCAAAGACUCUCCCUGUCACCGCUGUCCAACCUGACCAUCGUGUACUACAUCCCCGCCACCUUUGACGUGGAUGGACUGGCUGCUGCGACUAUCCUCCGAAUGAUCAAGGGCUCACAGGCCCCGAAUCCGCCGCUGCCGCCGUCGCCGCCACCUGCGCCGCCGCCAGGACCGCCUCGCGCAAUACCCAUCCCCCGGGUCCAGAUUAGCACCUUCUUCCUGGUGGCGGCCAAUGUUUCGCUGACGUCUCCGGGCGCUGGCCUGACGGACGCCGGGACCUACGUGACUGUUCCGAUCAAUUUCUACGAUUACAGUCUCUUAGCGGACUGCUCCGACCCCAGCGUCCGGGCGUACAUGGCACGGGUCCAAGCCUUGGGCCUAAAAGAGACAUCCGUCAACUGCCGCUACGCGGCCGCGACCUACGGCGAGUCGUUGUUGCGGCGGCUGCGUCGCACACUCAUCAGCGCCUCCUCGUGGCUCUUGGACAAGGCUGGGCUACAGUCGGCAUCGGCGGAUGUGAAGCGCCGUUUCCUCCAAACUACGACCACUUCGGGCGCACCGGAACUGCUCAACGUCUUCCUCACCUAUAUGGAGACCCAGCGCGACAUUGCCGCCUCGGCAAGCUCUACCUGCGCAAAGCUUACUGCUUUUUUUGGUGGCUCGUGCGACCCAUCGGCCUUUCAGACGGCUCGGCGUGUCAGGUACACGACGGCAAAAGUCGCGAGCUCGUUCGCGAACGGCGCCGCCGCCUGCCAGGCGGGGAGCAACGAGGGCUUCAACCGGCUGCUGAGCACUGCCCGGAUCUCCGUGUACGAUGUCAAGUUGAUGAACUGCACCAUCAGGAGGUUCUAA